AUCGGUCACGUGAGCGUUGUGCUCAAGCGCACGCCGCCAUUUUCGCGGUUUGGCGGGCUUCCCUUCACAACCGUCAUUCCGUUCGUUCUCGCUCUGUCGAUCAUCGAAUUUGUGGUGGCGUUACUUCGUUUUGGUUCACAAAAUUACUGAAAAAAAUGGCUGGCGGUAAAGCAGGUAAAGACAGUGGCAAAGCUAAAGCCAAAGCGGUUUCUCGUUCGGCCCGCGCUGGAUUGCAGUUCCCAGUUGGAAGAAUCCAUAGACACCUUAAAAAUAGGACUACUAGCCACGGAAGGGUCGGUGCCACCGCAGCCGUUUACUCUGCCGCUAUUUUGGAAUACUUGACUGCUGAAGUCUUGGAACUGGCAGGCAAUGCCAGUAAGGAUUUAAAAGUGAAGAGAAUCACUCCUCGUCACUUACAAUUGGCCAUCAGAGGAGAUGAGGAAUUGGACAGUCUCAUCAAAGCGACCAUUGCUGGAGGUGGUGUGAUUCCGCACAUCCACAAGUCGCUGAUUGGAAAGAAAGGCGCUGGACAUUCACAGCCCGCAUAAGGCUCCCCACAUUAGACUAGCAAUAUAGUUGUAAUGCUUUACGUUAAGGUACAUUAAAAUAUGUAUGAAUGAAUUUUCUUUAAGGUUGUUGCUCACUCGACUUGAAGUGACUUGUAUUAAAAAUAAAAUGUUUACUAAACAGAUUCUAUUUUUUUCUCAGAUUAAAUAAUAUUUUAAGGUUUUUAAUUAGUGUGGUACAUGUUGGACUGGUUUGUAAAUGAUAUCUCUAAUUGUGCCUUGUACAAUUUGGGAACUGGUAUUUUUUUCAACAAAUUAGAUUUAGUGUUUCUUUUAUGAUUGUAAAAAAUCUGUGUUCAUUAUUCUUAAAAUUAAUGAAAAUAAAGCCAUUUUUUAAAAAUG